UCCUGAUCUUCAGCGCUUGGAUCCCCGUGUCCUUCACUCCCCUUACCAGAUUCCACAACUUUAUUUGGGUCUCUCGGACGAAAUUCUGAUCGGGACGCCACAGCUAAUGCGCCGCGCACUGCGCGCAGGCUUUUUGGCCACUGGGCAUGCGCGCUUUCUACAGGUGGUCACGAAGUACG